AUGAAGUAUUAUCCAUGGAACGAUUAUGAUUUAGAAAACGAUUAUGAUUUAGACGAUUAUCCAAUACAUUAUAGAACAGUCAAUUCUCCAAAAUAUAAUCUAGUGCUACUCAAGCCAGAAAAAGAAAUAUCAGACUCAAAGAUCAAGACGGAAAUUAAAUCACCCGUUCGUGAAGACUUUCCGAAACUAAAUGAUCCAAUCGUUGUACACACAAAUACUUCGGACGAUUUGAAAGAAGAAUUAGUAACCAUUUUAUCAUUCUUAGAUGAAAUUCACGACCAACAUGAUAACGUAUCGGAUAACUUGAAUGAAGUCAUCGAAACUGUUUGUGUUAUGAACUAUUUGAUUACAGAAAAUCAAUCGACACCUGUGAACAUCGCAUCAAACAAUAAAACAUAUGAAUACGUAAUAAGUCCUGUAGAACCAGAUGAAGUUUUGGUAGAUCACCAAUUUACACAGACUGAAAGUAAAAGAUUAAAAACUGAGGAGUUGAAAGAUAACAAGGAGGAAAAGGAAAAGUUGGAAGAUGACAAGAUAUCUGAGAGUAUUUUGAAAGAUAACAAGGAGGAAAAGGAAAAGUUGGAAGAUGACAAGAUAUCUGAGAGUAUUGUAUCUGAGAGUACUGUAUCAAGCAACGUAUCGGAAAAAAACGAAAUUCUUCGAUUAUUUUCACUUUAUGAUCUUCCCUCUCCAUGUGGAAACCGCGAUAUUCCGUGA